UCAUUGUUUGUUUCCGAUUGAAGUGAGUGAGUAGCCAUGGCGAUGGCGUUAACCCGGCGUAACCUCCACCUUCUCCGCCCAAUCUUCUCCGCGCGCCUCCUCACCACCGCCUCCACCUCACCGAUCACGAUCGAGACAUCUCUCCCCUUCACCGGCCACAACAUCGACCCCCCCUCCCGCUCCGUCCAGACCUCCCCGCAGGAGCUCCUCUCCUUCUUCCGCGACAUGGCUCUGAUGCGCCGGAUGGAGAUCGCCGCCGAUUCUCUCUACAAGUCCAAGCUCAUCCGCGGCUUCUGCCACCUCUACGACGGCCAGGAGGCCGUCGCCAUCGGCAUGGAGGCCGCCAUCACCCGAAAGGACUGCAUCAUCACCGCCUACCGCGACCACUGCCUCUUCCUAGGCCGCGGCGGAACCCUCCUGGAGGCCUUCGCCGAGCUCAUGGGGCGGAAGGACGGCUGCUCCAAGGGGAAAGGCGGAUCGAUGCAUUUCUAUAAGAAGGACGGCGGUUUUUACGGCGGCCAUGGAAUUGUGGGCGCACAGAUCCCCUUAGGCUGUGGAUUGGCCUUUGCGCAGAAGUAUAGCAAGGAUGACAAUGUCUCCUUCAUGAUGUACGGCGACGGUGCCGCUAAUCAGGGCCAGUUGUUUGAAGCCCUCAAUAUGGCCGCGCUUUGGAAUCUCCCUGCGAUUUUGGUUUGCGAGAACAAUCACUAUGGAAUGGGGACAGCAGAAUGGAGGGCGGCGAAGAGUCCAGCUUACUUCAAAAGAGGAGAUUAUGUUCCGGGAUUGAAGGUUGAUGGGAUGGAUGCUCUUGCAGUUAAACAAGCUUGCAAAUUUGCAAAGGAGCAUGCUCUAAAGAAUGGACCUAUUAUUCUUGAAAUGGACACCUAUAGGUACCACGGGCACUCCAUGUCUGAUCCUGGAAGCACGUAUCGUACACGUGAUGAGAUUUCUGGUAUCAGACAGGAGCGUGAUCCGGUUGAAAGAGUCAGAAAGCUGAUAAUAGCUCAUGAUCUAGCAACUGAGAAGGAAAUGAAGGACACUGAGAAAGAAGUUAGGAAGGAGGUGGAUGAAGCCAUUGCAAAAGCUAAGGAGAUCCCCUCACCCGAUCCUUCUGAGCUGUUUACUAAUGUAUACGUGAAAGGCUUGGGAGUCGAGGCAUUUGGAGCAGACAGGAAAGAGUUGAGAGCUGUACUUCCAUGAGCCAAGCAUCAAGUGUGUGCGCUUUCCCCCCAUACAAAAUAAAUUAAAGCAGAUUGUAGAUUUUCUUUAAUAUCGUGUGGAUAUAUAGCUAUAUAUUUCUGUUUUAGUUUUGCUACUAUUUAUCCAUGUAUGUAUUAGAGAUAUCCAAUCGUGCUCGGAAAUAUUAGUAACUCGGAUUUGCAGCUUGAUUUUACA